AAGAGGAGUCUUAGAUUAUUAUUCAAAAAUUUUAAAAUGAAGACCUAUAUAGCUUUAUUUUUCGUCGCAUUAGCGGCUUUGCAGUGCAGUUCCGCACCAGUAUCUGAUUCUGUGGAGUCGAAGGAAUCAGACUCAGCAUCAGCUGAAAAGAAAAUGGUUUGUGAACCUAAAACUACUUUCAAACAGCAAUGCAACAAUUGUUUUUGUGCAUUGGACGGUAGCGGAUUUGCUUGUACCAAAAUGGCUUGUCCAUCAGAUGUUUAUAAUGAGGAUGGAUCACUUAAACCACAGCCAUUAACCGCAGAAACGCCCAUUGUCGAAGAAGCCUCAGAAGCUGGCGCAGUUAUAAUUAUAGCUACCGAUGCUAAUGUUGAAACUACCGAAAAUGUUGAAAAAACUACCGAAGCUGUUGAAAAAACUACCGAGGCUGUUACCGAGGCUGUUACCGAGGCUGUUGAAAAAGUUACCGAGAAUGUUGAAAAAACAACCGAAGCUGUUGAAAAAACUACCGACGCUGUUGAAAAAACUGCGGAAGUUGUUGAAAAAAUUAGCGCAGCUGCUUCUGAAGUGGAUUCCACAGUUGUCUCGAAAAGCAUAUCUAAAAUCCCGUGGGGACCACUUUACGUUGCGGGAACUCCAUGUCCUGGACAAAGUUUCUACAGUGAAUGUAAUCAGUGUUCCUGUGGUAAAGAUGGAGUAUCUGCUGCAUGUACUCUUGUGUCGUGCGAGGCAUUCCGAAGUAUUCAUGAACAACAAACUAAAGAUGCCACCGUAGUAGCCUAAAAAGUAUUUGGGCCGAUCAAAUAUUAGUACAAUGUACAAAUUUAAUUAUAAAAUAGAAACAUUUGUAAAAUGUUGAAUUUUACUGAAAAAUAUUGCGUGUAUAUAACCUUCUCAUAGAGAAUAAU